AUGAAAGAGGUUCGGGUUUCCUGCUUUCCUGAGGCAAGCGAGGUAGCAAUAGAGAUGAUACGACACGCCUUGGUAUCCCCUCGCUUUGCCAACGCUCGUCACGUUGAGCAAAUUGUGGAAAAUGCACAGUUAUCUUGCCAAAGACGCUAUCUGUCCGACUCCAGUAUGGAUCCAACAAUUUUGACUGCGGAAGACUUCUCCAAAGUCUGGAACCGGGUUCUCGAUGUGGAAGAGGAAUACCGAAAGCUUUUCUCCAGUGUAACAGGCUGCGGCUCCUUUGUUGAACAGCUAUUAGACGACAUACGAAUCGCCAAUCCAACUAUCAUAGGGAACCUCGACUUCAGAGAACAAAUCCCGCUCAUUUAUAUUUUCCGAGGAGCACGAGGUACUGGUAAAGCUUCGACUGCACGGCGAAUGGGCGAAAUAUUUCAUCACAUGAGAUUUUUCGCUACCCCUGAAGUUAUAGAAUACUCUGUCUCCGAUCUCGUUGGGGAGUAUCCAGGCGACACAGGGCUUAAGGUCCUUGACCUAUUUGACCGGGCCUUGGGGAAGGUCUUACUCAUAGACAAAGUUCAUCUCCUCGUUGACACGAUCGAUCAUUGA